AUGCGUCAAAGUCUUUUUCGAGCAUACGCAGGUUUCCAUGGAGGCAGUGCAGCUAGCACAUUGCACUUUUUAGUGGUUAGCUCCUCUUAUUUCAUCCUGAUUGGAAUUCCCGGUCUGGAAGAUGUCCAGGUCUGGAUUUCAUUGCCGAUCUUCUUCAUGUAUCUGAUUACCUUGUUGGUCAAUAUUAGUGUUCUGCUUACCAUUGAAAAGGAGCAGAGCCUCCACCAGCCCAUGUACCUCUUCCUUUCCAUGUUGUUGUUAUCAGACCUUGUCCAAUCCAGUGCUGCCCUUCCCAAAAUGCUCCUGAUCUUCUGGUUCAACCUCCGAGAGAUCUCCUUUGAGGGUUGCCUGGUUCAGAUGUUCUUCAUCCAUUCCUGCGCCAUCAUGGCCUCCACUGCCGUCUUGGCUAUGGCCUUUGAUCGCUAUGUUGCCAUAUGCCAACCACUGAGAUAUUCCACCAUCUUGACCAACCCAUUCAUUGCAAAAAUUGGAGCCUUGGCGGUCAUGAGAGGAACUCUCCUGAUAUUUCCACUUCCUUUGCUGGUCAAGAGGUUACCAUUUUGCCGGAGCCAUGUGAUUAAUCAUACUCAUUGUGAACACAUGGCCGUAGCUAAGCUGGCUUGUGCAAACAUCAGAGUCAAUGUUGUGUACGGGUUAGCAGUCGCUCUGCUUGUAGUUGGAGUAGAUAUCAUGGGCAUUACUGUGUCAUAUGUAAUCAUUGUAACCGCUGUCUUCAACCUCCCAUCCCGAGAGGCCAGACACAAAGUCGGGAGUACGUGCGUCAGCCACGUUUGUGUCAUAGUUUUGGCUUACAUCCCGGCACUUUUCUCCGCUGUCACUCAAAGGUUUGGGGGGCACACCGCUUCUUCCACCCAAAUUAUCCUGUCUAUCCUAUACCUGAUAAUUCCUCCAAUGCUCAACCCAAUAAUAUAUGGAAUAAAAACCAAAGAGAUCCAGAAGAACGUUCGAAAAUUAUACUGUCCACAGACGUUUCGGUAA